GACACCUCCCUCCCCUCCGACUUCACUUACCAUGGUGCGCUCGACCAUAAUCGUCAGAGCCUCAGAUUCGCUUCCUUUGGCAGCAAGUGUAGACGACGAACAGACUGAGCUGGCUCUUCAAGAACACAAACAGCAGGCUAAGCUGAUUUUCCGUCGCAUCACUCCCAAUUCGGAGUCUCGGUGCUCGAUAGAGAGCGGUCAAUUCACAUUACAUUACUUCAUUUCGGACAAUGUCGUGUUCUUGACGAUCGCCGACAAGUCAUACCCCCGCAAAUUGGCUUUCUCCUACCUCGAUGAGCUCUCAAAAGAGUUUGCGACCACAUAUGGCUCGAAGGUGGAGACGAUACGCAAGCCGUAUGCGUUCGUUGGCUUCGACACGUUCAUGUCCAAGACUGCCCGACUGUACCGGGACACUCGCAAUGCCGCCAGUGCAUCGAGUCUAGACCGACUCAACGACGACCUGCAGGAUGUGACGCGGAUCAUGACCAAAAACAUGGAGGAGCUGUUAUGGCGUGGCGACUCGCUGGAUCGCAUGUCGCACCUCUCGACGUCACUUCGUUCCGAGUCAGAGAAGUAUCGCAAGGCUGCGCGGAACAUCAAUAUACAAGCCAUGAUCCGCCAGUACGCACCUGUCGGCGCGGUUGUGCUCGUCCUUCUCAUUGUAUUGUACUGGAAGUUCUUCUGACAUGUACUAGCAUACUUUCAUCUAUUACAGUACAUAAGCUGCCUCUAUCACACGGAUUUCUGAAUCGAAAUCGCGAUCUGCA